CCCUGUGGCUUCCGCGGCGCGUUCCCACAAUGCAGUGCGGCCGAGAGCUUCCUCCGAGCCCGCGGGGACGCUGCGGGGGGACCCGGGGCUGAGGAGGCGGCGGCGGCGUGGGCUGCGGCGGGCCCGCGGCGGCGUUGGGCGGUGCGGAUGUCGGGCUGGGUGGACGAGCGCUGCGGCGAGGGCGACGGGCGCAUCUACGUGGGGAACCUGCCGACGAACGUGCGUGAGAAGGACCUGGAGGACUUGUUUUACAAGUACGGCCGCAUCCGCGAGAUCGAGCUCAAGAACCGGCACGGCCUCGUGCCUUUCGCCUUCGUGCGCUUCGAGGACCCGCGAGAUGCUGAGGAUGCAAUUUAUGGAAGGAAUGGUUACGAUUAUGGCCAAUGUCGGCUUCGUGUGGAGUUCCCCAGGACUUAUGGGAGUCGAGGUGGGUGGCCCCGUGGUGGGAGGACCGGACCACCUACAAGAAGAUCCGAUUUCCGAGUUCUUGUUUCAGGACUUCCUCCAUCAGGCAGCUGGCAGGACCUAAAAGAUCAUAUGCGAGAAGCUGGGGAUGUCUGUUAUGCAGAUGUGCAGAAGGAUGGAAUGGGGAUGGUUGAAUAUCUUAGAAAAGAAGAUAUGGAAUAUGCCCUGCGUAAGCUGGAUGACACCAAGUUCCGCUCUCAUGAGGGUGAAACUUCCUACAUCCGAGUUUAUCCUGAGAGAAGCACCAGCUAUGGCUAUUCACGGUCCCGCUCCGGGUCUAGGGGUCGUGACUCUCCAUACCAAAGCAGGGGUUCCCCACACUACUUCUCUCCUUUCAGAUCCUACUGAUACAGCUGGUGGGAAUUUUUCCUUUAUUUUUUAGAUGAACUGAGCUGCUUUGUGCUCAGAAUCUACAUUCCAGAUGGAUGAUUUAGUGGCUUAGGACAUUUUUUAAAUUUUUUUUAAGGAAAUAAAAAAAAAAAAAACCUACAUAAUUUCUACCAGGGCCAAAUUAAGCAGCAAAAUGUUUUAAACAGCAAAAAAUUGUGAUUCAGAAGCAAGCUGUAUAUUUUCACCCCAGAUUAUUGGGGGCGGAGAGGGGGAAUCAGUGUUGUGUCUUGUAGGUUGCUCAGCUAUGGAGAUGAGCAGUUAGUGUGACUGAGUUGGCCCAUUCUGUUUAGAAAUAUAUUUUAAACGUUUAGUAAUUGA